UGAGUCACGCGGGUCCGCCCGGUUCCGGCGCGGUAGAGGCCGGGGGUGGUGAACGAGUCUCCGGCACCAUGUCUGGUCUGUCUGGUCCAUUGGCCCGGCGUGGCCCUUGCCCGCUGGCGUUGCCACUUUUGUUCCUGCUCGGCCCCAGCGUGGUCCUCGCCAUCUCUUUCCACCUGCCCGUUAACUCUCGCAAGUGCCUUCGCGAGGAGAUCCACAAGGACCUGCUGGUGACGGGCGCGUACGAGAUCUCCGACCAGUCUGGCGGCGCCGGCGGCCUGCGCAGCCACCUCAAGAUCACAGAUUCUGCUGGCCAUAUUCUCUACUCCAAGGAGGAUGCAACUAAGGGAAAAUUUGCCUUUACCACUGAAGAUUAUGACAUGUUUGAGGUGUGCUUUGAGAGCAAGGGAACAGGGCGGAUACCUGACCAACUCGUGAUCCUAGACAUGAAGCAUGGAGUGGAGGCGAAAAAUUACGAGGAGAUUGCAAAAGUUGAGAAACUCAAACCAUUAGAGGUGGAGCUACGUCGCCUAGAAGACCUUUCAGAAUCUAUCGUUAAUGAUUUUGCCUACAUGAAGAAGAGAGAGGAGGAGAUGCGUGAUACUAAUGAGUCAACAAACACUCGAGUUCUGUACUUCAGCAUCUUUUCGAUGUUCUGCCUCAUUGGACUAGCCACCUGGCAGGUCUUCUACCUGCGGCGCUUCUUCAAGGCCAAAAAGUUGAUUGAGUAAUGAAUGAGGUGCAGUCUCCUCCCACCUGUAUCUCAGCCAGCAUAACAUCACUGGAAUGUGCCUGGCUUAAGGCAUCCUACCAAUGGCACCAUCAAGGCACAUUGGAGCUUUCUUGCCAGAACUGAUCUCUUUUGUUGUGGGAGAACAUGGGUACCACUUACACCCAACAAGUCAAUGAGGGACUUCUUUUUAACUUGGUAGGAUUCGGACUGGUUUUAUAACAAUAGGACUAUUAUUAGAGUUACCUAUGAGAAAAAUAGGGGUUACCUAGAUAAUGCCAAAGUCAGCAUUUGUACUGGGUUUCCUCACGUGAUCUGUUAGAACCAUGUUUUCUUUCCUUUUCCUACUUGCUCAUCAGCUUGGGUUUCCACUCUAGUCCUUUUACUAAAAUUUGUGUGACCAUGUUGAACUUGUUCAUUCUGAGUGUCCUCUUUGGUUUUCUUAGGAAAACACCCUUAACUUUCUCUUGGCCCUUAGCUGAAAUGUUUACAUAGCUUCUUUUCAUAAUUUUAUGUCUCUUAAAAAGGUGAUGGAUGUGACACCUCAUAAAAGUGAACUUUAAAUUGUAGAUAAAUCUUAAAAUUUCAUUUUAGACAAUUAAAAUAUUUGUGCUCAACUUCUUGAACUUUCUUUCUCGUGUAUGUAUAUUUAGUUCUGUGCAAUUUUAUCACAUGUAUAGAGUCACGUGACUACUAUCUAAGAGACAACAGGUACAUCACACAGAUCUCUCAUGUUGCCAUUAUACAGCCAUAGCCACCUCCCUUCCUUGCCAUCUCACCCCAGCCUUUGGAUACCACUGAUCUGUUCUCUCUGUAACUUUGGUUUUGUUUGUUUGUUUGUUUGUUUCUGGAGGUAGGGUCUCUGUUGCCCAGGCUAGCAUACAGUGGCAUCAUCAUAGCUCACGACAACUUCAAACUCCUGGGCUCAAGUGAUCCUCCAAUAUUCCUGCUUUAGCCUCCCAAUUAGCUGAGACCACAGGCAUGUAACAUCAUACUUGGUUAAUUUGGGGAGGGUUUGGGGUUAUUUGUUUUUUUGGUGGAAAUGGGGUUUUGCUGUGUUGUUCAGGCUGAUCUUGAACUCCUGGCCUCAAGCAAUCCUCCUGCCUCAGCCUCCCAAAAUGCUAGGAUUACAGAUGUGAGCUACUAAGCCCAGCCUAAUUUUAUCAUUUCAAGAGUAUUAUAUAAAGGAAUUGUAUAGAAUGUAACCUUCUGAGACCAAUUUUUUCAUGCAGCAAUAGUUCCCUCGAAAUCCAUCCAAGUUGUUUCACGUAUCAACAGUUGGUUCCUUUUGAUUACCGAUUACAUAGUAUGGAAGUACCACAGUUUGCUUAACCAUUUACCCACUGAUGGACAUAUGGUUUGUUUUCAGUGUUUGGCCCUUUCUAAUUAAGCUGCUGUGAACAUUCACAUACAGAUUUUUAUGUGAACGUAGAUUUUCAUUUCUCUGGGAUAAAAGCCCAAAAGGGCAAUGGCUGGGUUGUAUCGUAAGCAUGUUUAUUUUUGUAAGACAGUGCUCUACUCUUUUCUGAGUGGCUGUACCAUUUUACUUUUCUACCAGCAAUGUAUGACUGAUCCAAUUUUCUCACAUCCUCAGCAGCAUUUAGUAUUAUUACUUUUUUUUUUAAUUUUAGCCAUUGGAUAGGCAGUGUAAUGAUAGCUCGUGUGGUUUACUUUUGCAUUUUCCAAUAGCUAAUGAUUGUGACUAUCUUUUCAUAUGUUCAUUUGGCAUCUAGAUACCCUCUUCAGUGAAAUGCCUGUUUCAUGUCUUUUGCUUAUUUCCUAAUUAUAUCAUUGGUUCUUUUUACUAAUGGGUUAUUAGAGUUUCUUAUAGACUUCAGUCAGAUGUGUAGUUGUUUGAAUUUUUAACGUAACUUCUACCAAGGAAAAACAAGUAAAAUUUGCCAACUCUUUUUGCAUGGCCAUUCACUUACUGACUCAAUUUCUUAUGUGUUCCAUCUAGAGAAUUAAGAUGUAUGAGGUAUAAAAUGGACAUCUGGAGGGUCAUAAAGAGAGUAAGUAGUUGAAAGAAUAUACAUGUUGAAUGUAAGUAAGAGAAGAUACAGAUACAAAUAACCAUGCUUUAUAAAGGUAUGAAAAAUAUGUCACUUGAAAUCUUUCCCACAUUUCCUAGGAAAGUAGGUAAGAGUUACAAUCUCUUUUAAACCAUGCUAUUUACAAGGCUUGUCUAAUCACAGUGGCAAGAAUUAACAUGUAGCUUGCAGUGAAGUAGAAUAUUGGAAUUAUCAUAGAGAAUACUGUAGUGUUGACAUGAAUAGAGUACAAAGGUGAAAGAAAGAGUAAGUUAUAUUGUUAAAAUCUCAGGUUAUUCUGGUAAUGUUCCAGCUACUGUGAACCCAAAAGCCUUUUUGUUUUUCUUUUGACUCCCUGAAUAUUCAUUCCUCUCGUGUAGUGUAUGAAAGUAGUUCUGCCUUUAACUUGUGCAACAUUGCCAUCUGCUGCUGAGAAUUGAUAGAUAACUGCUUCUGAGAACCCAGCAGUAGAAUCCUUACCAAAGGGGACAGCAGAUGUUGAGAAAGUCUGUCUAUAGUAUUUUAUAUACUAAAUGACAGAGGAUGCAUUUAAGUAGGGAAAAGAAUAAAAUUUGUGGGUUGACAUCUACGCUUAGACUUUUAUAUAUGGAAUUGUACUCUGUAUUAACAGCCUAACAAGAUACUCUUUCCUGUUUCUGACCGGUGCCUUUCCCCUUUUUAGGAGCAGUGAAAGCUACUCUGUUAGGUCGGUCUUCUGAUCUGACAAAAAUAUCAAGAAGAUAGAACAAGGGAAUAUUUUCUUUUGUUGAUGUUUUUGUUCCCAAGUAUGAAUCUAUGCUUUGUGGAACUAAAAUUGUUUCAUGUCCCUUAUACUUAUGCCAAAACUACCAACUUGGAAAUUUUUGUGCUUUUGGUUUAAAAGUUAAUUGAUAUUAUACCUUGAUUUUGUGUAUAAAGUAAAAGUAUUUGCCUUUGACUAAAGGCUGAUACAAAAGCAAAUCAGCUUUAAAAAUAGGGAUGUUAUCUACUUUCCUUCAUUGUUGAGCACAUUAUUCAAAAUGGUAUGUAUAACAUAAAUGAGGAUGCAGUCGAAGUAAGCUUUGUUUUACCAUUGUCAUGCACCCCUGUCAUAAAGCCAUUUCUCUGUUUAAUGGAAAGAGGCAUGUAGGAUUUAUACAAAUUCACUUGUAAAUGUCGGAUUGAGAAUUUUUGUGUAAAUUUUCUCAAAUAAAGCCUAGCAGAAACCA